AUGACAACGGAAAGAGAUUACGGUGCGGCAUCGCCGUCUACCCCUAGCUCAUCUCGAGCAGCAAAUAGAAAACCCACACAUGAGGGACAUGCAUCGAUAACUUCAUCGGUGGUGAAUCUAACAAAUACCGCUGUGGGUGCCGGUGCCCUAGCAUUUCCAUCGGCAUUCGCAUCGAUGGGGUUGAUACCUGGUAUACUCUCUUGUGCGGGAUCAGGUUUGACAGCGAUGUUCGGGUUAUACUGUCUGAGUAGAUGUGCAGCGGUGGUGGGUACGAGACCAGGCGAUGAAGGUAGAAAGGCAAGUUUCAACGAAUUGGCGAGAUUGACUUUUGGUAAAGGAUGGGCAACGAAGCUGUUUGAUCUGGCUAUAGCUAUCAAAUGUUUUGGUGUCUCAGUAUCGUACUUAAUCAUAUGUAAAACCCUCUUACCUCAAGUUUGCUAUACGCUGUCCAAAGUUUUCCACCAUCCUCUGCCUGAAGAUUCGAUACUCCUCGCAUCUCAUUUCUGGUUGAUAGUAUGGAUGGUGGUUGUCAUCCCGCUUUCGUUCCUGAGGACAUUGGACGCAUUGAGGUUUACCAGUCAGAUAGCACUGCUUACGGUUGUAUACUUGGUUCUAGUAGUAGUAGGCUGGUUCGCCGUCAAGGGUGUUUCACCAAAUCAUGGAGAAGUUGUGCUGGCCAGAUUCGGUAGAAAUACACUAUCAAACUUCCCUGUACAAGUAUUCGCAUAUACUUGUUCUCAAAAUCUCUUUCCGAUAUACAAUGAGUUGAAAAACAAGAACCAGAAGAAGAUGAAUACUGUUAUUGUAGCUUCGAUGGGAUCAGCCGCAGCAGUAUACGAAGUUAUCGGUAUAAUUGGGUAUCUCACAUUUGGCAGCAAAGUGGGAAGUAAUGUCAUUGCCAUGUAUCCACCAACCUCAUUGAUAAUAGCCAUCGGUCGACUCGGUAUCGUCCUCUUAGUCGGUCUAUCAUAUCCUCUUCAAGUAUUACCAUGUAGACAAUCCAUUCAUCAUCUCACCCACGGUCUUUUCCGACAUCCCAAACUCGCCAAGUUGACCAACGGAAAUGCCGUUGGUAGUUCUCCGAACCAAACCACGGAAGAAGAAAGUAGCGAAUCUGAAGAUGCAGACGACGAAAGCGAAAUCAACCCUUUGGUACCUAAAGUUGAUGACCAUGGACAUCAUGUACAUAAACAUGAAAUGAGCAAGAUUGAAUUUGUAGCUAUAACGAGCGUUAUAUUGGUAGCUGGAUUUUUGAUUGCGUAUAACGUACAUGAAUUGGAAAUCAUACUUGGAUUUGUAGGAUCAACAGGAUCAACCAUAAUAACAUUCAUCUUACCUGGAUUCUUCUAUUUCAGAUUGUUCAGAGAAGAGAGAGGCGUGACGAAAUGGUGGGCUCUGGCAUUGGGUAUAUACGGUUUUGCAGUCAUGGCAUUUUGUCUAACAUUCAACGUUCUGAAUUUGAUCAAGUGA